AUGAAUUUGAAACCAAUAACACUUCUUAGCACUUUGGCAAGCCAAAACCUAACAAAUAUUUUUCCAAAUGUGGUAAUUGCAUUGAGAAUCUUCUGCACUCUGCCUGUGACGGUUUCGGAAGUUGAGCGAUCGUUUAGUCUUCUGUCAAGAGUAAAAAAUUUUUUGCGAUCCACCAUGAGCGAAGAACGAUUGACAAGUUUAGGAAUGCUUGCACUGGAAAACGAUUUAGCGAGAUCGUUAAAUUUUGAUGAUGUGGUUGAUGACUUUGCUAAUAAAAAAAGUAGAAAAGUUCACUUGUGA